AUGUUAGAAAAAUUGUUACUUCAGUUGAUCCAACAUAGGAAGAGAAAAGACUUCGUCACACAGGGGCAAAAGAGGGGCCUCAUAUAUGUCAUAAAAAGGAGAAGUGUCCUCAGUCCAAAUGGAACACAGCAAAGAGGAAGAGAAAUUCACCACAGCGUGACGUUGGUAGGAUAUCGGAGCAGGGGUAGAUGUAAAAAUAACUCGUUAUUCCAUGUUGGCAUAUGCCCCAGUAGGGGAAGUAGAAUCAUCGCAACUGCACAAUGCAGUCAAUCCGCAGAAUCGCUAACGCGGUUUGAAGUCUCAAAUGAAGGCCCAGCUGAGACGAACUCAAUUGAAAAAAUUUUAGACGAAACGAACUCCAUGAUCUAUGUAAACGAAAUAUGUAUGCAGAUGGAUAAGAGCAUUUUAAAGUGCCAGACGUACGAAGAUAUUCUGUCCAUACUUAUAACGCACAGGGGAGCUUUAUUCCUACAGAACUUGAUAACGGCGAUACGGAUGCUAGCAGGUUUUGUUAAUGAGGAGAGAAAGAAAAGGAAAAUUGAAGGCGAAAGUGACGUUAGUAUACCGUUUAGGGGGUACACAAACAAAUUUGUAAAGGCAGAAGAAGGAACAGCACAUGUGACGGGUGGAAACAACUUAAAUGAUGAAGCAGACAAGGGAGAAGCUAGCCGUCCAAGUAAAUCGGACGAAGGUCUACUCACUAGGAGCAACAACGAGCUGUGCAAAAGCAGCGAUCUUUCCGGAUUUGACAAAAUUGAAAAAAAUUUAAUAGAAAGGUACCAACACAUUUUCGACGUGUUAAAAAACAAGGAGUUACUGGAAAGUGAAAAUUUUUUUGAGAAAAAUAGAAAAGUGGAAGAAAUCAUAGUUCGAGAUGAGCGGUUUAACUUGCUCAUAGAUGAUAUAUACAAAAAUAGAAAGCACUUUGAUGUAGUGUCUAUUUGCCACAUUUUAAUAUCCCUGAAGGAGUUAAAUUACAAGCACUUCCUCCUCUUCAAUUCGUUUAUGAAUCCUCUAAAAAAUUUCGACGCGUAUAUUAAGGAACAGUUUGAAAAUGGUAAUCAAAAAAUCGUGCAGAUAAAUUCUGUUGUACAGUUACUGCUUCAAUGCUUUAACACGUACAUUUGGGCUGGGUACUACAACCUAGACAUAUAUAACAGGCUGAUAAACAGCGUCUUGUUAAAUAAUUUCAUCCAAUUGAGGAGGGAAAUUGUGCAUGAACAGGUGGGAAAUUAUGUCUAUAUGAAUUAUAAGUAUGAUGUGAACUACCCCUUGUCGAGUGACGAAAUAUUUUCAUCUCUCAAUUUGAGUGAAAAAUAUUUUUCCAAAAAGAAUUUUUUAACCGCCCCCCUGGGGAGGGCCUUCGAAGAGGGGGUGAAGUUAACGGGAAGCGCACCAAAUGGGGUAGGUACCCCUCUCCAGGAGAACAUGGAAAGCUGCUCACAAAAUAGUGUAGUAGAUACAAGCGUAGAUAAUGCCUUGGGAUACAUCCCCCCCAGUGAAUCCCCUAAUUCGGGACCCCCCACCGCAAAAGAGAGGCCCGUCUACUGCUGCCCCAUUUUCCUAAACCUCGACCUGUUCCUCCAAAGCGUUGAAAUUUACAAACACGUUUAUGUGUACAAUCCUUCCUUUUUUAAAAUGAGCGAGAAGGUUGUUUAUUACUACACGCAGUAUCUGACACCCAGCAAUUUCAGCAUGAUAGCUGAUGCGUUUUCGAAGCAUCGAAUUUUUGCACUAGAACAUGAUCGAUUUUUUUUCCACCUUUCCAAGCUGAUGGAGAAAAAUUUUGAAAAAUUUUCCUACAAUGAUAUUUUCCUCAUUCUAAAUUCUUUCAAAAGGAUGAAUUUAUUGUUCCAAAGGUGUAUAAUUUUAUCGGCAGAAAAGUUUGAGCCAUAUUUUCACCAGCUUUAUAUUAACAGAAAGGAGUGCUCCUUAACCCUAAAGGAGGUGUCCAUUUUAAUGGAGUCUUUGGCCUUUUUCCACUUCCCCCAUAAGGCAAUCGAUCAGUGCAUCACAGCAGCUGUGAAUUACCUGGAAGAUUACAUUGAAGAGAUCGACGAAGAGACGGCAAUUAAUAUUUCCUACGCGUUGGUUCUAUCGAAUUUGUAUCAUGUCAAUACGUACUUGUUCUCAUUCGUUUGGAGAAAAAUUGGAAAAAGUACUUACUGGGAAAAAAAGAAAAAUCAAGUUUGCCUGUUGUGGUUAUCCCACAUGAUCCAGUUCAAAUGGAUGGAGUAUGACUUACCGAAAUUUUGCGUCUUGGAAUGUUUGAAAAUUUUCUUUUUAAAAAGAAAGGAAAAUAUGUUUUCCUUCUCCAAAAUUCUCUCGUCUGUUUCGCAAAUCUUGGAUGAGCUUCACGUUGGCCAUGACGUUUCAGUGGACAUUUAUGGCCCCUAUGUGCUGGACAUUUUAAUAAGGGGAGACAAAAGGCAAGUUAUCAUGCUCACGCAGGAUACCACGAGAAAUGAAAUAAUCAGACAACUUGGUGAUUCCAAAAUUGUUAUUGGCCAUUUGCAACUGUUUGGCUAUAAUGUGCGCCCCCUCAACACGAAAUAUUUCGACACAUUGAACGAUAGGGAGAAGCGCGAGUACGUCAGGGGUAUUCUGCUCUCCUUUUAG